AGACCAAAAAUGCUUUCCUGACAACAACAAAGUAUUUUUUUUACAAAUUAAUCGACAUAAAAAGCAUAUUAUAAAAGAAGAUGUGUACCCAAACUUGUCAGAAAUGUUGAAAAUCAUUCAAAUAGUUAAAAUUAUUGGUAAUGGAACAGUACACAAUAUUGGGAAGGAUAGGAGAAGGCGCUCAUGGCAUUGUUCUUAAAGCAAAACAUAUAGAGAGUGGUGAAGUCGUUGCCUUGAAAAAAGUUCCACUCAGAAAACUUGAAGAUGGUAUUCCAAAUACAGCACUCAGGGAAAUUAAAGCUUUACAAGAAAUAGAGGAUAAUCCAUAUGUGGUAAAGUUACGUGAAGUUUUUCCUCAUGGCAGUAGUUUGGUUUUAGUCUUUGAAUAUAUGCUGUCAGAUUUAUCAGAAGUUGUAAGGAACUCAGAAAGACCAAUCACAGAAGCACAGGUCAAAUCAUACAUGUUGAUGCUUUUAAAAGGAGUAGCUUUCUGCCAUGAAAACAAUAUAAUGCACAGAGACUUGAAACCAGCAAAUCUAUUGAUAAGUUCAACAGGUCAUCUAAAGAUUGCAGACUUUGGUCUUGCCAGGGUGUUUCAGAAUGAAGGAAAUAGACAGUAUAGCCACCAAGUAGCUACAAGAUGGUACAGAGCCCCAGAGUUGCUAUAUGGAGCUAGAAAGUAUGAUGAAGGGGUAGAUUUGUGGGCAGUUGGUUGUAUAUUUGGUGAGCUACUCAACACCUCUCCAUUGUUUCCUGGAGAGAAUGAUAUUGAACAGUUAUGUUGUGUACUUAGAGUGUUAGGGACACCCAAUGAAAAGAUAUGGCCUGGAAUAUCAGAGUUGCCAGAUUACAACAAAAUAACAUUCCCAGAAAACAAACCUAUACCAUUUGAGGAAAUAGUACCUGAUGCUUCACCUGAGGCUCUAGAUCUGCUGAAAAAGGUCUUAGUUUAUCCAUCCAAACAACGCAUAUCUGCAAAAGACGCUUUAUUACAUCCAUACUUUUUCACAGAACCCCUGCCAGCUCAUCAUUCAGAAUUACCAAUACCUCAAAGAAGUAAACGUGGGUUACCACGUCGACAACAGACUCAUGAAUAUAACUUUGAAACUCCUUUGGAGAAAUCAUUAAUAGACCCUGAAAUGUUAGCACCACAUGUAGUUAAGAUGAAAUAGAUAUAUGUAAUUAACAUAUUUCAUACAUUUUUUUUUUAUGUAAAAACAAUGUCAUUGAUAGCAUGAACUAUAUAUGUUACAGUUUCUAAAAAAGGAUAUUAAGAAAAAAAUAAUUAUGAUAGACCAUUAUAAUUAAGGAUGUACUCAGGUAAGGCUAGGUGAAAAUUAAUAAAUUAAGAAGUUGAAAUUGAUACAUUUAGCUGGUAGAGCAUCCAUUAAAGAUAAAAAAAUAAGCUUAAAAUAUUAAUAGGUCAUGGACCUCCUUUUCCAGAUAUUUUAGAUUUAAAAUAUGGCGGGAAAAGGCUGACUCUGAUUUUUACAAUAUAUUUGCAUUGGUAUUAUUUGGGUCUCAAAACAUAAGAAAGAAAAUCAAGAAUCUUCUAAAAUUUUGGCAUAUGACCUUUCAUGAGCUAUCAAGUCUUAUAUGAAAAAAUAAAUGGGUGUUAUGGGGCAAAAUAUUUUACAUUGUAUUGUAUGGAAAAACACCAAGGAGUCCGAAUAUUUGACACAAAUUCCAAAACCUCAACUAAGUACAUCCUUAAGUGUGGUUAUUAUUGAAAAUCAUACAUUUCUUAGAUGAAUCUUUGGUGAAAACUGUUGAAUUGUGUAUAUGGUAUGAGUACAAUAACAAAAAUACUGGACUCCAAGGAAAAUCAAAAUGGAAAAUUCGUAAUUGAAAGUCAAAAUCAAAAGCUGAAACACAUCAAACAAAUGGAUAAAAUUUGUCAUAUUUCUCACUAAUUACAGACAUUUUCUUAUGUAGAAAAUGUUUGAUUAAACCUGGUUUUAUAGCUAGCUAAACCUUUCACUAUUUAAUACUAUAACAAAUGACUAUGCUUAACAUUUGUUGAAUGCUGGCCACAUAUGGUUUGCAAACAAUUCAGUUUUCAAGACUUAUACUUUCCUUCCAUAAAUUAUGGAAUGCUGUUCAGCCAUUGAUACUUACACAGUUCAGUUUCUGGACAAAAAUUAGCUAUUAACCAUUACUUUACCAAACUUUGUUUGAUAUGACAUUUGGCGUGAAGAAAAUCCCUAUUUGAUUGAAUUGGAGGUCAUUAAUCAAAAGAGCAAAUCAUCAGAAGCAAGUUAUAGACUGAAAUUAAGGCCAAAUUUGGGUUUGAUGAUCUUUUUAUUUUUUUUCAAAUAAUGCAAGUUGAAAAAAGAAAGAAGUAAAUGCCUAUUGAUUAUUGGGUCAGUAGAUCAAAGAUUAAGAUCAAGGUUUCUGAUGAUAUAUUUAGAACUAUUAAAUCAGUUUAAAGAGGACAUUGUCUCUAUUUGGUAAAUAGUUAUCAAAGGUACCAGCAUUAUAAUUUAGUACGUCAGACCCGCCUUUCGUCUACUUAAGACUCAUCAGUGAUGCUCAUAUCAAAAUAUUUAUAAAGCCAAACCAGUACAAAGUUGAAGAGCAUUAUGGAUCCAAAAUUCCAAAAAGUUGUGCCAAAUAUUGCUAAGGUAAUCUAUUCCUUGGAUAAGAAAAUCCUUAGUUUUUCAAAAAAAUUCAAAGUUUUGUAAACAGGAAAUUUAUAAAAAUGACCACAUUAUUGAUAUUCAUGUCAACACCUAAGUGUUGACUAUUGGGCUGGUGAUACCCUCGGGGAUGAAACGUCCACCAGCAGUGGCAUCAACCCAGUGGUAUAAAUAGUUAACAAAGGUACUAGGAUUUUGAUUUAGUACGCCAGACACGCGUUUCGUCUACUUAAGACUCAUCAGUGACGCUCACAUCAAAAUAUUUAUAAAGCCAAAUUAGUAAACACCCAUAAAUUUAUUUCAAGGUCGUUGGGUAUUAGUAAACAUGGAUACAUAUUAUAAUAUAUUUCAACCUUUACUAAACCUAGCUUGAUACAUUUAUAUAUUGGUCAUCCCUCUUUAAUAUAUACAUUUGUAUAGAUGAUGUACCUCAUUAUAUGAUUUUUAUGUCAAUUUUUAGUUUUUGAUUAUUUGGUUAAUUUCUUUGCUACUAUAACCAGCUAUGCUACCAUUUGAAGUAUAAAACUUUAUACAAAUAGUUUGUACAUGAAUAACCUUUAUUCAUUCAUGCAUAGAAUGAUUAUAGAACUGAAAUAUCCUUAAUCAGGAAAGCAUUUGCCAAAGUUUGGAAACUAAAUAUAUAAAACAUCAAAAGAAUAAAUGGGCUUUAUAGAGCAUAUCAAUUUAUCUAAGCUAUAUGCUGGUCAGCUUUCCUUGAAGCAGUCACAAUGUUAUUAGAUUGUGUAUUGUAACAUGCUUUUUAAAUAGAAAUUAAGAAUAUGCAUGCAUCUAAAUUAUGCUAGUACUAAAGUUUUUCCCGGAAUGUGACCAACCAAAUUUGACUUAUCAUCGAAUUUUUACUUACAUGAGCAACCCGAGCGGUGUCACAAGUGGAGCAGGAUCUGCUUACCCUUCCGUAUCACUUAAGCUCACUCCUCGUUUUUUGCUGGGUUCGUGUUGCUCAGUCUAGUUUUCUAUGUUGUGUUUAUCAUACUGUUGCUUGUCUAUUGUUUUUUUGUCAGUUUUUGCCAUGGUAUUGUCAUUUUAUUUUCAACUUAGAGUUUAAAAAGAUGGGCGAAAGAUAACAGAGGGACAGUCAAACUCAUAGAUCGAAAAUAAAAUGAAAAUGCCAUGUAAAUGUCCCUUUUUGGUAUCUUUUGCAUCUCUUUCUAAAAACGGGAUAAACUUCAUAUUCUUUGUAAAAUUGACACUAACUUGGCAACGUGACAAGAAAGUAGCACAAUUGGUUCUCAUUGGCAUGCUGAUUUUUUGAU